GAGAUGUCCGCGAGUGCCCUGCCUUUGGCCAAUGAUUUGCGGGGGGCUACAACUGUGGACGACAUCCUGCAGUUGCUCUUCGUCCCUGAGCCGUUAUGGCAAUCCUUUGUGGCUCAGGUGGGGGAUCCAGGUGUUCACGUCAGGAUCCUGGCGGCCCUUCCACAGGCCGUGGUGGUUCAAGGGUGUGUCCAAGGUACCCUGCCCACUGGAGAACAAUUUUCUGCCAUUCAGGCCACUCAUGUGGGACUGGUUUGGCGGACAUGCAGGAAACUGGUGCACCUAUGGGCCGGACUUCCUGAAGGAGAAUUUGUGGACAUAGAUCCUUGGGGAACAGAACCGGUGUACGAGCUGAAGGAGCCUAGGACUACGGGGACGGCAGCAGCCACGUCCGUCAAGGAGAGAAUCCUCAAGAUGUCAAACGUGGUGGACCAGGCGGAUGACUCGGAGCUCACCUUAGCAUCGAGGAUGGAGAUCGACCGUUGGUCAAACUGCUAUGUGGCUGUGAUGGGGGCCCCGCCAUUGGAGGAAGAGGAGCCGAACGAGGCCCAGUUGUCAGCCCUGAACCGCAGGGUCAAUGUGCUGAAGCAGCCACCCUAUGCUGACUUUGGGGUGUGGCUGCCUUUCGCACGUAGGACCCAGAAGGCACAGAAGUUUCGCGCUUUCAUGCCAGUGGGGGAUGGCUCCUACGUGGUGAGAGAGAUGCCCGGGCCGCAGAACAUGAUCCAAUGGCUGACGUCAUGGAAGGUCUACAAGGUGGCCCUCAUCAUGCUGGACAUAGCUUCAUUGGCAUCACUGCAGCUCUACGAGAAGAUGAUGGAGCGACUGGUGAUGCAGUGGCCAAAGUGUUGGCACCUGAUAGUCAUGGCAGAUGACAAGGGGCGAGCUGAGCGCCUUGAGAAGUUGCGUAGAAAGUUUUUGAUGGAUGAAGAUGCGGGCAGACAGGUGCCUAUGGAUUGGAACAAGGAGAAGCCGUGGACAGCCUGCUUCAGAGCACUAGCUUUGGACAAUGAAUAUUGGGAUGAACAAGUUCGUCAUCCAGCAGCAGCUUGGCUGGUGAGCGGCGGACGAGGUGUAGCUUUGGCCCCCGCUGAGCAGGUGGCAUUAUCCCACUUGCCGGGGGGAUUGGAUGCCCUGGAGGUGGACAAAGAAGAUGGUGGAGAACCCAGUCGCAAGCAGUCAAACAGGGACAAGAGGAUUGCUCGAUCCAAACGGAUUAGGGCAGAAAGGGACGAGCUGGAUAAGCUGCGCAAGUUGAAUCAUGGUGGACAAGCCGCAGGCUCGGCCAAAUCCAAAGGGAAGGGCAAGAGCAAAGACCGGGCAGGUCAGCAGAUCUGCUACUCGUUUGCGAGCGGCACAGGCCCCUGCGGAACCGUAGAGCCUGGUGCUGCUUGUGUGCAGUCUCAGAAGAGAGCCCAUAAGUGGCAGUAUUGCCUUUCCCCAGGUGAUGCCGGAAGCCAUGUGGCGACUGAGGCCAACGCGAUACCGGUGGGAAACCCUGUGGCAGCGACAGAGGCGAGCAAGAUGGGGGCAAACACCUGCGCCUGGCUGCCAGAGAGGGUGUCGCUGGCUUUGACAGCCUCAGCCGACUUCGCGGAGUUCAAGAAGAAACGGAUCUUCACCUUUGUGCACUUUUUCUCAGGCAAGGAAGAUGUGCUGAGCAGUGCCAUCAGCAGACUAGCGGGGCUGGACGGCAUUUCAGUCAAGUGCUACUCGCUGGACCUGGAGAACGAUCCACCGGCGGACUUCUUGAAGGAGCAGCCUUAUGGUGACCUGCUGGAUAGCUGCAGGAAUGGGGAAGUGGAUGCUGGGCAUGGAGGCCCACCAUGUGGGUCCUUUUCAAUGGUGAGACACCGUCCAGGUGGUCCACCACCGGUCAGGAACCUGGAAUGGAUCUAUGGGUUGCCAUCGAACUCGGUCCAGCAGCAGGAUGAAGCCGACCGUGGUUCGGUUUUAGCCAUCAGGACCACACAGAUGCUGGGCGAGAUCAUACAGUCUCAACGGAGACGAAAGGUGCCCGAAGCUGCCACUCUGGAGAACCCUCCAGGCUCGGAGUCGCAAACGGAGGGGUCUAUGUGGGCGCUCCCAGAAACGGCCGACUUCAUGGAGAGGUUCGACUGUGCAAAGGCCUGGUUCAACACAUGCGCCUACCAGCAGAAGGAGCGGGUGAGAUGGUGGAAACCUGCUCAGUUUGGAGGCAGGUUGAACGGACUGGAAUCCCUCAGGAGGAAAUGCUCUUGCCCGAGGGAUUUUCAACAUGAGCCGCUCCUGGGCAAGAAGAAGACUUCGGAGGCAGCCAAGUAUGACUUGGCGUUGGAAUACGCCAGGCUCGUCAUCCAGGUGUUCAGGACCACCUUGAACCUGGAGUGGUGGCGGCACUUGGAAAAGGCCAGGCGCACAGAGCUCACCCAGCUGCAGAAGAGUUGGAUCAAGUCCAAGGAGAAGCACACGGGUCCAGUCAUUGCCGAUGAAGUCAUGCGAAGGAUGAGGAACAACAAAAGGUCCUUUGGAGCGGAGGACGUGAUGAAGGACCACCUCCCACAGCAGAACGUGGAGAACAAGAAGGCGAGGAAGGAGUUCCAGAACCAGUACUUCAUUGGGGGCAUGCGAAACCCAGGCAUCUCGGUCAAACGUCUGGGAGUCCUCAGAGAAGCAGGGCAAGACAUCCUGCGCUUGUGGAACACGUUCCUCAAAGAUCAUCCAGGGGCGUUGGAGGCGGCCAGGAAUUAUGGCACAGACCGGUGCCAGCUGAACGAUCUGGUGGCAAAUGAAUGGUCCCUGCAACUGGGCCGGCUGCUGAAGGUGGAGCCGAGCACCGCCGUCAAGCUGAAGGGCAUGUACGGUUUUGAAUCCCCCUUGAAUGCCCCGAUGUGGAAAGCUUGGCAGAAGUUUGCCAAGGACCCGGAUGAGCACAUCCAUGAGUGGGCCGUCACAGGGGAAGAGAGCGAGCAAGCUCAAGUGGCACCGGAGUUGGAAGUUCAAUUGGGAAUGGGCAAUUACAAGUCCAUGCAGGAUGACUAUGAGGGUGCCAGGCAAGAGCUUGAUCGGCUGGUUGAUCGAGGUUUCGCCGCCUACUUGAAGAAGGACGAAGCCAGGCAAAACUUUUACAGGGCAACACUGAGCAGGUUGGCCUUGAUUACGAAGAUCAAGGACUCUGGGGCAAAGAAGCUCAGGGUCAUCAUUGACCUCCUCCGCUCGGGGGGGAAUGGCAGGGCAAGGGUGCCUGAGAGGAUCAUCUUGCCGCGCAUCUCAGACGUGGUCGCCUCGCUGAGGGAGCUCUACAAGAAAAGGGCCAUGCACGACACAGUGGGCGACUGGGAAAUGGAGCUCAUCGGCGCGGACCUGGCGGACGCCUACAUGCACUUUGGAGUACAUCCUGACGAGCUCCAAAACUGCCUCGCCCCAGGGCUGGACGAGGAUGAGCUGGUCCUUUUCAAGGCGAUGAGCUUUGGCUUCAAGGGUGCACCGCUGGUGAUGGGCCGUUUGUCCUCGGCGGCCAUGGCACUGUUGGCGAUGGUGCUGUACACAGCCAACGCCUUUGGACUUCAGCUUUCGUACUCGAUGGCCGAAAGAGGCAUCAGGCUGUCCUGGAUAGGGGUGACGAUAGAGGUCGACGAGCAGAACAAGGUGAUCAUCUUGAGCCCGCCGGACAAGCUCAUCGAGGACGUCAACGUCAGACUCCAGACGUGGGAGGGCAUGAUGAGCCUCAGGUCCUUGAAGUCCACCACGGGCAAACUGAGUUGGAUCGCGGGAAUCAUUCCGCGCAGCAGAUGGGCGGUGUCGGUGCUCUAUGGGGUCAUCGCAGACCAUGAGCGGGACGUGGCCUCAGGUGCGGAAGCCCGUCGUGCAGCCAACAGGGAGGACCCCAGGGACAAGUCAGGCAUGGUUCAUGCCAAACGUGUUCUCCUCGCCAAAGAAUGGCUACUGAAGAUGCUGGACACGAAGGAGAUUUGGAAGACCAGGAGGGUGCCGUUGGAGGAGGUGCCCCCAAGGUUUGCCAUCACCACGGAUGCUUCACCGUUGGGGGUGGGGGCAAUUCUUUCUGUGGUCGACGCCCUGACGGAGCAGCUCACACCGUUGGCGGCCAUCAAAGGCAAGGUCACGAAGAACGUGGCCAAAUCGCUUGGGGUCCCCUUCAACGACCCUGCAGGGCAAGCGGUGCUGGAGGCUUGGACCGUCCUUUUGGCCAUCAGGUACUGGGCCUUCAAAUUGAGAGACCAGAAAGCCUUAUUGAAGGCGGAUUCGAUGGUGGCUCUCGCCAUCUCGAAGAAGCUAGCUUCUUCUACCCCCACGUUGAAUUGGGUGGGAGCAGAGCUCAGCUUGACCAUGGAGGCCCAGAACAUGGGGGAGCUCACGGUGCACCACUUGCCGGGCAAGCUCAACGUGUCGGCGGACCACUUGUCGAGGCCGGACAAGGAGGGACCAGUGCCUGAUUUAGAAGGGAUCCAGGUCCGGGUAAUGAAUGAAGCCUGGAUGCUGGAUUCUCGGUUGCCCCCCCCGGGGGUGCAUCCGGAACUUUGGGGAAAGUCCCCCAACCUCCUGCCACUCUUUGAUGGCUUGUGA